AUAAAUAUCGGGAUUGAUACCGAAUUAGUAGUUGGGUUGCGUUGCUCGUCUCGCUCGCUCCCCCUCGUUCCCCUCCUGCUCCAAUCUUCCCCACUCAUUGAUCGAAGCAGCAUCGCUUCCAUCGCCCGGCGCCGGAGGGGGCAGAUUAGGCGGCCGUGGGUUGUUGGUUAAUCAAUCGACCGCGGCCAGCGCUCGUCGCAGUUGCGGCAGUUCUUGAUCGGCGGGGUGUUCUUGGCGGUUGCAUGUAUGCGGGAGGGGAGAGCCAGCCCAAUGGUGGGGGCGGGGGUGGAGGGGGAUGGGGAUGGGGAGACGAGCUCCGGCGGCGGAGGCAGCCCGGUCCGCCCCACUCCUCCAGCUUGGGGGCCGCGUCCUCUUCUUCGUCUGGUGGGAGAGAGGAUGAGGAGGAGCGAGGAGGCAAGAAGCAGGGGAGGCGCAAGAAACAGGGGAGGCGCGAGGCGGUUGCCAGGGCGAUCCGGGGCGGCCUUCCGGCCGCCGUGGCGUCCUGCUGGGGCGGCGGCAUCUCGGUGGUCCAGGAGACUGGCGGGAGGAGGACGGGGAGUAGGUGGAGCCAGCGGGAGAGGCUGGCCGAUGGCGGCGGAGAGGCCGGCGAGGAUGGUUCAGGCCCGGGCGGUACGGCAACGGACACGGCAGGGCCGGCGGCAGCGUGGUGCUGCGUGUGCCCGGGCGGGGACUGCUCGCUGGAGCCCAACCCGAGCGCCAACGGCAAGGAGGACCCCGGCGUCCGGCCCCUCCUGGAGCGCAACGACUUCUUCUCCGCCGACUGCAACCCGCACGCCGACGUCCUCCCCGCCGCCGCCUCCUGGUAGCAGGCCUGGCGCCGAUUCCGGUUAGGUGCUAUUCAUCCACCAUCACCGCACAUUGCCGCACACAAUUUUACAAACAACACAAAGAGGAAAUUCUUUCCGCCCCCUGGUGGGUCAUUGAAUCUUGAUUCCUUUCUUGGGUUGUUCCUGUGCUUCUUUACAUCAUUGUACUUGUACCUGUCGUGAUUGAGAGCAAUGGAUUGAAACAGAGUGAUGGGCAAUCCGGUCUGGCAUGGCGCCUUGUCUCGUAACCAUUUGCAGCUUUCUCCCAGACUGCGUCGCAGCUUUGACUGCAUGCAUAGUUGCCUCCGCCUAUCUGCCAUCGAUGUCGCGCAGCAUUGGAAUGCAGGCUCGGCAGGACCAGCUCAGGUGUGGUGACAAUGGAGGAGAGCGGGCUCACAGGUCAGAGCUCACGGCUGCUGCAAUAACUGAACACUUCGUACGCGUUGUUACUUGCACGAAGUUGGCAAAGCGACUUGCAAAGCCAAUAGAUGAUGUAUUGUGUA